UCAAUGCCACCGUCCCCUCCUCCUUCAGGAGCAAUGGGCUGAGCAGGGCUGCAGAGAUCGCGCUGGACUGAAACAGAGGAGCGGGGAAAACAGUCAAGCAACAGAAUACCAACUGCAGUGAGAACAGUUUGGGAGCCAUGGGCCGUCGGCUCAUCCGUGGUCUCUCUGGAGCUGCAGUCUUCCUUGCCAGUGUGGCUCUCCUUUCCAUGCGGCACCGUGGGGCUCAGGAAACAGCUCGGUAUCCAGGGCUCAGGGAGGGGAUGUUGGAGAAACCAGAGCAACGAAGCAAAGUGAGCGCAGAGAAAGCUGGUGGCAGGGGGCAGAAGGACCUCAAAGUCCAUUCUCUGGAGGAAUACAGGACUGAGAGAAGCCUAACACUUGGAGACAUUUUCAUAGCUGUGAAGACAACCAAGAGAUUUCACCAGAGCAGGAUGGAGCUGCUUCUGGACACCUGGAUAUCCCAAGCCAGUGAGCAGACCUACGUCUUCACUGAUGAAGAAGAUGAUGCCUUGAAAAGGAGAAUGGGUGACCAUGUGAUCUUCACCAACUGCUCUGCCGAGCACAGCCAUCUGGCCCUCUCCUGCAAGAUGGCAGCUGAGUUCGACGCCUUCCUGGUCAGCGGCCAGAGCUGGUUUUGCCAUUUGGAUGAUGACAACUACCUGAACCCUCAGGCCCUCCUGAAGCUCUUGUCCUCCUACUCUGAGACGUGGGAUGUUUACCUGGGGAAACCCAGCCUGAACCGACCCAUCCGGGCCUCUGAAACACUGCCAAACAACCAGACGAAAUCUGUGCGCUUCUGGUUUGCCACAGGAGGGGCUGGAUUCUGCAUCAGCCGCAAGCUGGCAAGCAAGAUGGUGCCGUGGGCCAGUGGCAGGAACUUCCUGAGCACUUCAGAGCUCAUCCGCCUGCCGGAUGACUGCACCGUGGGUUACAUCAUUGAGUGCAAAGUUGGUGGGCAGCUGCUGCCCAAUGCGCUCUUCCACUCCCACCUGGAGAACCUGCAGCUCAUCCCCACCUCUCAGCUCAUCCAGCAGGUCACCCUCAGCUACGGUGUCUUUGAGAACAAACUCAAUGUUAUUGAGCUCAGCGGCCCCUUCUCACCACAAGAGGAUCCCUCAAGGUUUCGAUCACUCCACUGUCAUCUCUAUCCCGACACCUCCUGGUGCCUGCAGCCUGUUGGCUGGUGAUGCCUGAGCCUCAACUACAGUUGGUCCUGGUGAUGCCUAUGCAUCUUGUAGGGGAUGGGACAGUGAAGAAGCUUGGUGUCCUCAAUUUUGCCUUUUCUACAGUGGUCGUGGGGCUCUGUGAUGGCUUUUUUGGUCCUUGCUCAAUACUGGUGACACAGGACAAGAGACAGGAUCUGUCCCAAAGAUGGAUAACAUGGGCUGGACACAUGGAUGAGCUUCCUAUCUGUGCUGGGAUACAUACAAGGGAUGGGAGCAGUAUGCCUUCUGAGCAGAUGAAGGACCGAAUAGUAACUGCUGGGCAUCUUGGUAAAGAUGAGGACUUGCUACUCUGUGCUGUGGCUGCAUCUCAUUGACUAGAAAGUCCUCGGGCGUGUGUAACCAGUGCAUAGCUGAGGAUGGCUGGCAGCAUGUCAUUGCUCCGGACUCUGAGCAGGGCCUCUUCCUCCACAUCUGCUUGUGCUUUCCCUGCUUGCAGCCACUGCCCUACUGAGUCUCUGCCUAGUCAAGGUCUAUAGAAAUGGAAUGUGACCAUUUCUGUCUUGAAUGAAUCCUGGAGAAGCGUGGUCCUUGCUCAGCACAGGGGAGAUGGACAGGAAGUACAAAGAAUCAGGAAUCCCUCGCUCUGCUGGGACAAGAGAGGAAGAAUGAAAGGGAGCCAGGAGAAGACUGAUGGAGUUGAGGACAGUUCCCGGAUUGAACACUGAGGGUCUGAUCUUGUAUGGUGCUGCAUUAUUCCUCUCUUUUUACCUUCUUGAUGUGGGGUCAGGAUAAUCUCUUGCUCUAAUUACCAACCUGUCGUCUGAGAUUAGACUCCAGCUCCUAUCUGUGAGAGGAGACAUAAAGGAUUAGAACUGGCUGAAAGAGAGGAGAAAGGAAGAGAUGGAGAAGGAGCUCUCAGGAGUGGAUUAGGGGUUACAGCUUUAUAAUCUUUUCUGUCUCCAACUAAAAAAAUUAAGUCAUGAAGGAAUGGAAACAGCAAGGCAAAGAGCUUUUUAUCUCUGCGUUUCUUUACUCCAAAGGCUAAUAGGAGCUUUCUGCCUACCUGCUGUCCCUGCCGAGUGCAACAGGGGGAAGGAGAGGCCCCAGAUAGGUUUCAAGCUUUCUGGCAUGUUUGUGAAGAGUCCUAUACUAAAUAGAGAGCCUGGCGUGAAACCUAGGCAGUGCUGCUUGCUGGAGAAUGAACUUUGGCAUCAUUUUGUCCUUAUACACACGGUUAAACAGCCAGGGGAGAGCAUUGCAGGGUAAGCUAGAAGGCAAACAGACUGUUUUAAAUGGCAGGUGGUGCCACAAACAGGUAUUUCUCUUUAAAGAGCAUUUCAAAACAGACUGCUGGGAUCUGUGAGAGGUCCUGUAAUCUCGAGAUGAAAGGACAAAUGCCCUUUCUCCAAAGAGCUGCUCAGCUUUGAUGCUGCUGAUGUGACUAAGCCUGCUGCUGGUGGGCUGGAAGAGCCAAAGGCAACUGUCACUGUGGCUUUGCUGUUUUGAAAACUGGCCACUCUGUCACCUCCUUCCCCCCCCAAUGCACCAGCAUCUCCUACACAGCACACAUGAGGUUUAAAGGAAUGGCAUCAGAAAGACGUUCCACCUCUGCAAAGGGGAUCUAGAAAGGAAUGAGCACUUUAAUGUCAAGAGAAGCAGAGGGCAGCAGCCUGUAGAGCUGUUUUCCAGCCUGGUCAUUCUUACUGGCAUAUAAUCAGCUUGUGUAGCAGCAGAGACCCCUGCUUUCUUCUGUUGCACAACAUACCUUUGAACUGGAAAUUCAUCCUGAGCAGGGACAGGGGCCAGCUGAUGCCAAUGGCCAUUCCUUGAGUUGUGCAAAGCACUUGGCUCACACAGCUGAGCUCACCAAGGAACCACGCGACACAGACACACAGCUAUCGGAAGAGAGAUGCAGCAUAAAGAAGUCCUGCCCCACAGGGCAAGCAGUUGGGUUUGAAGAAGAUGAAAUACACUUUCAUGAGAAGAAAUGAGUCUUCAAGAGAAAUCUACACUACUUGGAUAUAUCCUUUUUCCCCAUUCAGACUUUCAGCUGAUGUUAUAGAGACUUUGAGUUAAAAAGCCAGUCCUAUCUGUAGAUGUCCUGGUGACAGUCAGAGCUAAAUGCGAUUCAUGUGAGGGAAACUGGUAUAGCAGCUUCACUUCCCGGGGAAAGGCAAAGCAGAGAAACUGAAAGCUUGCUUUAGAUCCUGGCCUCAGCUGGUCUGAAUUGACCUGGUGCCUUUUGCAUGUCUGAAGAUCAGAUGUUUAAUGGGUUGAGUCCUUGAGUGGCUGCAUGGGACCAAGACUGGGCUACGUGACUGAAGCAGUUAAGUGUCACUUUUGUGGGAAAAUGUCUUGUCUUAUAAGAAAACAGAACAGAUGAGAUGUCUGGGGCAGGGCAUCUCUUGGGCUAUAGGGAAGCGAAUGAUAGAAAAUCCUGUUAUGCCUGUGACGACAAUAUGCUGGAAAGAAAAUAGCUUCUCAGAGUCGACAAAAGAAACCAGGUUUUCUCUAUGAACAGAGAGACAGCUUAACGGGACAUUCACCACAUGAAAUCUGAUCAAUGUUAAAACAUGAGUUUAAAAUUAGUUUCAGGAAUGGUUCUUGCCCCUGGGGCUUGCUGUCGGAUGCUAUGGUUUUACAGUCUCAUUUUCCUUGUUUAUUGAAAUGUUUAGCUGCUUGGGAAAAUGAGAAACAAUCUCGUGUGAAACUUUUCAGGGGACUGUCUUUUUUUUAUUCUCUUUCAUGAUUUUCUGAUGUAACAAAGAUUCUGGAGAGGUUCCACUGGGUCUAUUAAAUUUCUAUUUUUUUCUUCUCUCUUUUUUUUUUUUAAUAUCUCUACCUUUCUCUAGCUCACUCUUCCUUUUCUUAUUGCAGGAAAAAAAAAAAACCAAAAAAACUCUCCAAAGAACGAAAAGGAAUAGAGAUGUGGUCUUUAUAUUUUACUGGGAAAAAAUGGGGUCAAAGUCAAAGGUGUUGGCAUGACCCUGCUGUUGUACAACAUUAAGUGUAGUUCAAGGUUCAAGUACAGAGACCUCUGCCUGCCCAGCACCAUAGCAACCAACACUAUUAAUGAUGUUUAAACUGUAUACUGAAAAUUCAGAAAAAGGAGAAGGAGGGGAAAAAAAAAGCAGUUACAGUAUUUGAAAUGUAAAAUAUUAAGUGAGGCUUUCAUGUUAACAAUAUCUUUUCUUCACUUUCCCCUUAGCGUGAAGAAUUUUUAUAAGAAAACCCCUAUUUGACAGUGCAAAAAAAAAUGCUAAUGACUAUCCUUUCUUUAGGGGGAAAAGAGAAGUUAGUUGAAAUAGGUGGGAAACUGCAGUUGUUGCUAAAGACUUGAAGGGGAGAGAGAAGAAUAGUAACACUAGACAAUGCUUCUGUCUCUGGUGCCAACUCCUCUUAACAGCUCUGCUGCCGCAGAAAAACAGAUUUUUAAGCCACUGUGGGAUUUACCCAACUUGUACCCAGAUUGCAGCCUUCAGCUCUCUCCCCAGGCUUCUUGCUAAAGAAGCAGCCUUCAAAAGACAAGCAGUUCAUUAGACAGAAGCCAAAAGAUGAGAAAUAGGAACAGGAAGAAAGGAGAUUGGAAGGAAAGAAACCACUAAGCAGGGCCUUGGAGGAGAGCAUGGGAAUUUCAGCUGUGCAUUGAAAAUGGUGUUUGGGAGCUGCCCAGCAAGAACAGGAAAAGGGGUGUUGCCUGCCCCCACCCCACCCCACACCCCCCAGCUCUGGAUGCUUUUUUGUGAUCAGGACAGCCGCAGCUCACCAGUGCCACUGAAGAUGCCAGCCUGUGAGUCAGUUCACCUUGGAAGGGGUGGUUUGGUUGGCCCUGAACCUCUUUUUUUUUUUUUUUUAAAUAUCACUCCAGAUAAGUCAAUGUCUUUUCAUCAAUGUUAUACUCAAUUCCUUACAGCAGAUUUAGCUUCUUAAUUUUGAUACUUCUAUCCUUGCUUACAAUGCAGACUUUUCAGACAGUCCAGGGUGGGGUCAGCAGCUCCUUUCAUUAAUUUAAUUUAUUUCUUUUGUCUUCAGUCUCUGAAAUUGAGAUUGACAGCUGGCUCUACACACUUCUGGGAUGGAUGCAAAGCUGAGGGAGGGUAGGUGACUGCUCCAUUCAGUUAUUGCAUGGUCACAGAGAGGCAUGGACCAUCCUUAUGUUCUUCCUGGAGGAACCUGCUAGCAGUUGGUGCCAGAGAUGGAAUCUCAUACUAACUGGGACUUUCUUCUGUACCAAAUCAUGCUCAUAAUAUGGCUCCACUGAAGAGGAUGCAAGUGUUACCACAGAUAUAAACAAGACCAGGAAGAAGAACGCCAUCAUAAAUAUGCAAGUAAUUGUGCCUGUUCUCACCAGCUCAUGCAGGAAUUUUUCCUGUAGACUUUCUACACAAAUACCUGGGAGGUUAAAGGAGUGCAGAGCUGAGCUGUUGUUGCUCAGAUGGCAUUGCCUCUUUAAGGCUGUCCCCUAUGGGCCUGAGAUUUUUGUCACUUCCUGCUUGAUCCAGCUUGGACUCCAAGAAAGCUGAGAACUCCUCUCUCUCCCUGUAUGUGAUUAAUUACAGACCCCGAGAAUG